GUAACCUAGUUAUUGCAUUGUAUAAUAAUAUUUCAGUAAUGAAAUAAAUUUAAAUUUUAGUUUGUGUACUUUUCCUAAAUAAACAUUAUUUUUUCUAAUACUGUACUAUGAAUAUUCGUAGCAAAUAUUUAUGUGGUCGUAUAAACACUGGUCUUAUUCUAAAUUAACCUUAGGUAGAUAGUUCUUAUAAAUUCUAUAAUAAAGAAUUUUUUUACUUUGGCAUUGUGCUAUGGUAUAGCAUGGGUUUUUUAUAUUACUUAAAAAUAACAAGUAUUUUACAAAGAAAGUUGUAAUACCUUCUUGUAACCUUUAGUACAUUUACUUAAUAAAACUGUCAACAAAACUGACAAUUUUCUUUUCUUUGCAUAAUGGUCAGCAUAAAAUGCAUAUCUUUCAUGAACCUCAUGGUAUUGAUAAAAUAUUGUUAAAUAUGCUAAUUUGUAUUGUUUUAAUGUCAAACUAAAAUUGAUGUUCCAAUGUUUCAGUAUUGGAGCUAAUGUAAAGAUACUAAUUGAUCGACCAGAUGGAGCAUACUGUUUCAGAGAACGUAAAGAUAGAGUGUAAUAUUUGUCUGAAAAAAUAGCAUCUCUUGCUACUAACAUUGCUCCAGACAAUUUACUGAGUGCAGGAACUUGUUUUGGAAAAUUUACCAAGUCUGUGAAAUUUCUGUUACACAUAACAGCUCUCAAUUACCUAGCUCCAUAUGCUCAACAUAAAAUUUGGGUUAAACCUUCAGGCAGAACAACAGUUUUGCACUUUUUGUAUGGAAAUAGUGUGGCAAAAUCAGGCCUUGGACGAAUCACAGAAAACACUAAAAAAUAUGAUGGUGUUGUUGUCUACUCCAUGAAUGACAUUCCUCUUGUAAGUAUAAUACGUUGGUAUAUUUUACAUAUACCUAUCUAUCUAAAGUUUGUUAUGAUGUUACCCAUUUUAUAUAUUAAUCAAAUGUUGCCAGACAAGAAUGAAUAGUUCAUAAUAGAUAUUUCC